UUUUGACCCUCCGAAACCUUCCCGCACACCAUCAUCAUCUCGCCUCCUCCUCCUUCUCUUUCCGAGCCUGAAAACACAAUCGCUCAUUCCCACCAGUGACAUUUUGCAGCCUGUCGCCGCACGCUGCGUGGACAGCGAGCACAAGGAGCCUCUCUUUGGAAGCUUCCUCUCUCUUUGGAACCUUCCCGACCGCACCGAGCAUCCCGACGGCUCGUAGCCGGAGCGAGAGGCGCACCAGGCGGAAGCGAGGAGGAUCUACAGCAGCCUCCGCUCUCCGGACUUCAAACACGACUCGAACACAACUGGAAGAUAUUAUACGUUUAGGGGCACAGAGGCUGAGCCAACUGGACUGUAGCCGGGGAGUGCAUCAUCAUCGUGGGGGAAGAACCGACUGGCGGGUCGCAUGGAGAAGAGGUAUGAAGAGCUGGUGCACUAUUCAGGGACGGAGGGCAUGCCGAUGGGGGUCUACGGGGAAAAUGUCAGACCACUUCCAGCCCCUCAAUACGGAACCGCUAUCCCCGACUCCCUCAAACACCACAAGGACCAGAUCUAUGGUCACCCACUGUUCCCACUGCUGGCCUUAGUUUUUGAAAAGUGUGAGCUUGCCACCUGCUCCCCCCGAGAUUCCUCCUCCCUGUCCGCCACCUCCCACCUCCCGGGCAUGACGAGUCACAGCGACGUGUGCUCUUCAGAAUCCUUCAACGAUGACAUUGCUGCAUUUGCUAAACAGAUUCGGUCAGAAAAACCAAUAUUUUCUUCCAAUCCUGAGCUGGACAACUUGAUGAUUCAGGCUAUACAAGUUCUUCGCUUUCAUUUACUGGAGUUAGAGAAGGUUCAUGACCUAUGUGAUAACUUUUGCCACCGAUACAUCACCUGUCUGAAGGGCAAAAUGCCCACGGACUUGGUUUUGGAUGAACGGGAGGGAGGAUCCAAGUCUGACAUGGAGGACUUUAAUGGUUCCUGCACCAGUCUGUCCGAGCAGAAUGCAUCAUGGUUACGAGAGCCAGAUGAAUGUGCUACCACUCCUUUGGGAACACCGGGCACCUGCGGUCUGCCUUCACAUAGCACAGCAGACAACUGUAGUGAUACAGGUGAUGGCUUGGACACAGGAGUGGCCUCCCCCAGCACAGGAGAGGAGGAUGAGUCUGACAGAGAAAGGAGAAACAACAAAAAAAGAGGCAUUUUCCCCAAAGUGGCCACCAACAUAAUGAGAGCCUGGCUCUUCCAGCAUCUGACACACCCGUACCCGUCAGAGGAGCAAAAGAAGCAGCUGUCACAGGACACGGGUCUGACCAUCCUACAGGUCAACAACUGGUUUAUCAACGCCAGAAGGAGAAUAGUUCAGCCUAUGAUUGACCAGUCAAAUCGCUCAGGUCAGGGUGGUCCCUACAGCCCAGAGGGUGCAGCUCUUGGAGGUUAUGGGCUUGAUGGACAAGCACACCUCGGCCUCCGUGCAGCAGGUCUUCAAGGGAUGCCAUCUUUGCAAGGAGACUACCCCGGUGCUCUACUCUCCCAAGCAGCCUACCCACCCCACCCAGGACCUUCUCUCCACCCAUACCCAGGCCCACACCCGCACGCCGCCAUGCUGCUUCACCCGCCGCCACAUGCGCACCCUUCAGAGCCCCUCCUUACACAAGGACUGGACAUACAUGCACACUAGCUGUGGAUGGAAUCUCUGCGAGCGAGAGUGAUGAUUCAACCACACUACGAUAAAAAAAAACAAAAAAACAAGACAAAUUACUCCAAGAGUUUACAUUCCCUACCAAAAGACAAUGACCUCAAUGUAGCUCACGCAAAUGCCCACACACACACACACACACACACACACACACAUGCAGUGGGGAGAACAAGUAUUUGAUACACUGCCAAUGGGAAAACCCAUUAGUAGUGUAUCAAAUACUUGUUCUACCCACUGUACAUACAAACACACACAUGCACGCAUGCACAAACUGACGCACACACUGGUUUAAGCCAUACCUCUUUCCGAGUAGAAGUGCUUCCUUCGCUCCCAUCGUCUCCACUGUGACCUGCGGAUGAGACCAAUGCUUUAAACUUUAUACCCCAUCAUGCCUGUUUUUUGGACCACCGGAAGAGAUGAUGGCAGGAUACACAAGAUCAAUGUUCAUCACCAGACAUUAACUUAAAGAAACAAUUGGACAAAGAACUGGAUGCGACUUGAUCCUAUGAUCAUGCCUUUUUCAAGCUCUGUCUUCCCGCACAAGUGACUGCCCGUAAAAGAAAGAGAACCCCCAGUUCUUCCCUUCACACUUUAUUUAAGGCUGAUUUUAGUUUUUACUUAUUCUAUUUUUGUAUUUAUGUGCGCCAUUCGUGGCAGUUGCAGUUUGACACAAGCUUGUUGAAAAUAUUAGUGCUCUUCCUCAGCAUGAAGCUAAACACGAUGAAUGACUUCCAGUCUGCCUCGCUCUCAUACCACUCACCUCCUUAAUAUGCCAACAGGUGUCCAUUGCACGUGCGCGCACACACAAACUUACACACUGAUGCGACAAGCUCUUUAAGCAUUUGCAUACAUCUUGUGUGUCAUAGCAGUGAGAUGGGAGCUGCAGCCAAAGGACUAAAACAUUCUGCUCCCGAUCAACUCUGCUCCGCUCGGACUGUAUUGAAAUAUUUCAGAAUGAUAUGGUCAAUGAAUUAAAAAUGUUUUUUCUACCACAUGUGGAUGGAUCAUGUUUGAGGGUAUUGAAAGGGGUUC